AUGUCAUUGAGUGUAGCAAAAGAUUUAGAGUGCAAGAUUGCCGCUUGGCUUGAUGCACAUGGAAACAAGAUUGAACUUGAUAUUAAUGAAGGUCUAGAUGUUCCAUCGAAUUGGGAAGUCUAUCCACAAACACGUAUGUCAUCGUUUAAUGAAGGUGUUCGCAUUGAAACAUAUGAAAAUGGUCCAUUGCGCGUCAAUGUCUUUACACGAUUCUUUGCCAUUUAUGGUCAUCAAGAGCAGAAAACUCCAAUUAUGGACAAACCGGCGGAUGAAGGCACUUAUUUACAACUACGACGUGACAUCGAAGGUAUUAUUAGACUUGAUAUGCCAUUGGUCUUCGAAUGA